AUGGCUGGACAAACAACAACUUCAUCAUCAAUAGUAUUAAUCGCUGCUGUCCUGCUGCUGAUUUGUAUUUUGCGAGUUGAUGCUUUUCAAUUUGAUUUAAAGGCUAGAGAUUAUGUUUGUUUCCGUGAAGAAAUUGUUACUACUUUUGAUGUUUAUGGAGAAUAUGAGGUUGGUGCUGGAUAUUCACAAAAGAUUGAUUUUAAAGUGACUGACCCAAGAGGAAAUAUUGUUUUGGAAAGAAAGAAUAUUAAAAAAGGAGAUCUUAGUUUUGUAGCUAAAGAAGGAGGAGAAUAUUCAUUCUGUUUCUACAAUAGAAUGAGUUCUAAAGCUACUUAUCAUGAUGGAAUGCGUCGUCGUAUUACUUUUGAUAUCUUAACCGGAACAGAUACUUUUGAUUAUGAACAAUUGGCAAGAAAGGAACAUUUGAAGCCAAUCGAAGUUAAUCUUAGAAUGAUGGAAGAUAUUGUUCACUCAAUCUAUGCUGAAUACGUUUAUUUCAGAGAAAGAGAAGGUGCCAUGAGAUACACCACUGAAACUAUUAAUCAACGUAUCACAUACAUGGGUAUUUUCUUCUUCAUCUUUAUGGCUGGUUUUGCUUUUGGACAAAUCUACUACCUCCGAUCAUACUUUAUCAAGAAGAAAUUAAUUUAA